AUGCCUGAAAAGGAGGAAUGUCAACAAUGCAACUUGUGGUUUUCGAUAGAAGUCGAAGAGUACAACACGAUUCGACACAUCAUUCACUGUCAUGUCGAUAAACCGCUGAAGUGUUUGUCGAAUGGAUGCAAUAAAACGUUUGUUGAUCACUACUUUCUCGAGCAACACAACAGUGCGAGUCACUUGGGAGAAAAGGAGAACUUCAAGGACAACUUAAAUGAAGACUACAUCAAUCAUUUCAUCACCAAAGCCCUCCACUGCUUUCCGAAUAAAGUGGCUUAUUUGGAAAGCGCCAAAGAUCGAAUGCUCGAAAACCAUCGACAAUAUCGCGGAGCUGAUAUGGUGAUGUUGAUGUCGCUGGAGAUGGUGUUUUGCUUGAAAAAUCGGUCCUUUUCA